UCGACACUACCGCCGGCCGUUUGCUACUAUUCUUACCAGAUUCUUCAUUGGAAUCGACAGGAAAAGCCACCCUAACCCCGAGCACACACUUACCUAGCCUUACCGAUUGUUUUUUGGUCGGAUUUUCACCUCCCCGCAACACACAAACAACCGUCCCCCACCGCCCGCCCAUCAUAUUUAGGCCAAAUUGGCCUGAAGUGGUUUUGUGAUUUCGGAAAACCCAACCAUUCACCGCCGAUCAUCCUCCUUGCCCAGCCUGCCCACCAACCGUUCGUGAAAAGUCCCCAGCCAACCCAGCCAUCUCCUUGCUCAUUCAGCUUCCUUUUUGCGUGUGCAUUGCAGUGCACAAUUCCGACCACCACCUGUAUGCUUUUUUGCCACAACCAGCUCCCUACGUGCAACCCCCUACUUGUGCACGAUUUAUGCGCACGUACCCCACAGGCCUGCCUACUGGAAUCGCACCUGGACGGGUGUGAUUCUAACCGGAUAAGAUUUCAAGGAGAGGGUAUUUUUGUCUUUACAGUUACUUCCAUGUUAGAUUGUGGGCAAAUUGUGAGGACAUUGCCGGGAUAUGCAGGUUCUCUUCCUUUCAAACUUGAAACUGGAUAUGUGAGCGUGGGGGAUUCAGAGCUCUUCUACUUGUUUGUGGAGUCGCAAGGAAAUCCUGAAGUAGAUCCUGUUCUUUUUUAUGUAGUUGGAGGCCCUGGUUGUUCCGCUUUAAAUGGUUUUUUCUUCCAAACUGGUCCACUACAGUUUACUCAAACUGACUACACUGGUGGCUUGCCAUCGUUGCAUCUGUAUCCCUACACAUGGACAAAGACUGCCAGUGUAAUUUUUGUAGAUUCACCUGUUGGCUCUGGUUAUUCUUAUGCAUCAACCGCCGCAGGUUUCGUUCUCUCAGACUCGAAGUUUGCAAAUCAAACUUACAACUUUAUGAGAAGUUGGUUGAAUGAGCAUCCUCAAUACAUCCCAAACCGAGUUGUUCUUGCUACUGAUUCUUAUUCUAGUAUCAUUGCUCCAAUUGUCGUUCAAAAACUAUUGGAAGAUAAUAGAGCCGGAGUUGAGCCAUCAAUAAGUAUACUAGGAUACAUAAGUGGAUCACCACAUUCAGAUCUUGAACUUGAAGACAAUGAUAAAAUACCACAAGCUCAUCAGCUGGGACUUAUAUCUAAAGCUAUUUACGAAUCAGCCAAACACUAUUGCAACGGCUCUUACGUUGAUAAGGGUACCACUACCAUCAGUGCGGAUUGCGAAGAGUAUUUGGAAAUAACAGAUAAUUUACUGGAACAAAUAAAUACAGAAAUGGUGUUGGCUCCCAAGUGUGCUACAAUAAAACCAAAAUCAGAUAACGAUAGAAGGAAGAGAAGAUUUUUGAAGGAAAAUUCAAAACAUUAUCGCCUUCCGCCUGGAGCAAAUGACUAUUGGUGCAAGAAUUUUGCUUAUCUACUCUUGACUAUAUGGGCAAACGAUAAAGCUGUUCAAAGUGCUCUGCAUGUCCGAGAGGAAACAAUUCAAGAGUGGCGUAGGUGCAACCUUACCUUGUAGACUUCCUAUGAUAUUGAUAUUGGGAAUAAUUUUGACUAUCACAAAAAUCUUACAAAAACAGGCAUCCAAGUUUUACUUUAUGGUCCUGAUCAUGAUUUGGUUGUUCCACAUAUAUCAACCGAAUAUUGGUUAACUAUACUCGAUAUAACUUUGGAUGAAGAUUGGCGACCGUGGUAUGUUAGUGGUCAAGUUGCAGGGUACACAAUGAAGUAUUCAAAUUAUGGAUAUCGACUGACUUAUGCCACUUUAAAGGGAGCUGGUCACUCUCCUACUGAGUGGAAAGGUAGAGAAUGUUAUGAGAUGUUUGAAAGGUGGAUCCACUUUUAUCCACUUUAGUUAGCCUCUUUUAUUUCAAGAUUUUCCAUUAAUGAUCGUUCUCUGCAGAAAGACUUUUUGUAUUUAUUAUUGUUUUGCAGAACAUUAUGGUUGCAUUAGUUACACUUUUCAUACUCUAUUCUAUUUUAUUAUCCUAUCUAAUCCAGUGAAAAA